AUGGCGACUCACCAAUCAGGCCACGAAAGUCGACACAGCAAACCCAAGCCACGUCAGGUCAAUCCCAUCACGGCCGCAAUACAGAGUUGGAUCGCAGCAACGCUUCCUUCUACAGAAUCUGAUAGUCAGAAUUCACGGAAUGAAAAUCUUAUAAACUCGGCGCCGAAACGCUUCACCAUCUAUGAGCCACUCGCCUUGCUGCCGACUGGAAGCUUCACUAGCGAAACAUGGGCUUCUAUCUUACGAACCUGCGAUGAAGCGACCUGCAAUUCUCUAUGGCGGUCCAUACUGGAGGAGAUCUCCAAGACUGGGCAGGGAAGGGUGACGCAUCUGGCUGUCAACGAGGGCAUACCGCUGCACAAGAACGGGGAAGACGCUGAGAACGUGCGAAGAAGCCCAAGCGGGCUGAGGAUGCUCUUUGGAGACUUUGGGUCGGCAAGAGGGGGCGAUCAGCCUACAAGAAGUGACUUUGACGAUGCUUUUUGGGUUGGGACGAAGCAGAAUGGGAUACUGCAGACGUGGGCUCCUAGAUGGACCAUGUUUUCACGGGGGAAUGUCAAGGAGAAAGCGAGGGUACUGGGAUUCAAACGUCCCCCCGUCGGACAAGGGGACAGAUGGGCUGUUGACUUGUAUGCUGGGAUCGGAUACUUUGUGUUUUCGUACGCUUCGCUGGGGAUGAGGGUUCUGUGUUGGGAAAUCAACCCCUGGAGCGUCGAGGGCCUUCGACGAGGUGCCAAAGCGAACAAAUGGAGUGUCAAGGUCAUUCAAGGCGAGGAUUUGGCGCUGCCGAUGGAGACGCUGCUUGCUGGAGGAGAAAGAAUUGUCGUCUUUCUGGAGAGCAACGAGAGAGCGUCGAAACGCAUUGCGGAGGCGCAAGAUUCGGAGCUGGCUAGCAACAUUACGCAUGUCAACUGCGGCUUCUUGCCUACUAGCGAACCCGUGUGGGAGAGUGCAUGGGAAAUUACACGGCUGGCUCCCGAGGCAUGGCUGCAUUUACACGACAACGUUGGCGUGGCAGACAUCGAGUCCCGGCGAGCAGCGAUUCAGACGACUUUUGCGGCGUGGGCUGCUUCGGGAGGAGGCUUAAGGAGGCCGAGCGUUGAGCAUGUCGAGCAGGUCAAGACGUUUGCGCCGGGGGUGUGGCAUUGUGUCUUUGACGUUUGUAUUACAGGCAGUAGUAUAUCAAAUAAUGGUACAUGA